AUGCCAUUACAAUUGGGGCUUUUGGGGGACUUGGGGCCAAUGCCUGGGCUCUUUGGGGCUUUUUGUGGAAACACAAAGUGUCUGGGGCUACGAGGGGUUAUAGGUUUUGGGGAUGAUUGUCGACUCGCAUUAAGGAAAGCUGACAACAAACCAUUACCCGAAAUGUCUUCCAAGAAGAAAUUUACAUCAUAUGAAAUAUCUUCUCCGCACGCGAAACAGGAUCAUUCGCAAAUGCCAUUUCGGAUUCCUGUUGCUAUACGAAAACAGUAUGGGAAAAAGGGUUGGACAUCAAUCAUGGCAACUCGAGACGAUCGUUUGUCAGCUGAAACAUGUUUUAUAGCAGGAGUCGUAUUAUAUGCAAUUGCAAAAAAUGAAAUAUCUUCCCCGCAAGGAUGCUGGUUUCACACCUUGGAACAGUACAGGAAAAAUGAAAACCCGACAGCUAUUGACAUGUACAUUUACUCAGUCCACUUUUCAGUGAUGUUGGUAACUGGUUUGGGUUUAGGGGAUGUUACUGCAGUAACCGUGAUAGAAUUGGCUGUUACUUCAUUUGUGAUGAUAGCUGGAUUUUGCUUCGCUGUUUUAUACUUUAUUGGAACUCUAUCCUCGGUAAUGGUGAACGAUGCAGAACGACUGGAGUUGUACAGGGCGGACCUCAUUGCCAUCAGGGAUUAUUUGACGGAUAUCAAUUGCGAAGAAAAAGUCAAGAACAAGGUUAUAAGGUAUUAUAUCGAACUGUGGCAUUAUAAAAAAGGAAUAAAGCGAGUUCCAAGCAUAGAUCUGUUACCCAUAUCAUUACGUAUGGAACUCUUUCACGACAUGUGCAUGGGACCUUUCAAAUCCACUUUACUAUUUCGAUUUUUGCCCGACUAUUUUCUUCGUAAAUUAUCUAUGAGUAUGAAGCCAGUAUUUUAUCUACCAGGAGACAUACUCAGCCACCAGCACGUUGCCAAAUACAUGAUGAUCAUAAUCCUUUCCGGAGUAGUCCACAUUUUGUCAGAUGAAGACAAUGAAAGUCCAAUUAUUUCGUUUGAUUAUGGGACUUGUAUAAGUGAAAUUGGAAUGGUAUACACUUUGCCUGCUAAAUCUUCUAUAAGAGCCGCCACUUAUUUAGAGGUGUUGACCUUGCACAAAUUAGACUUUUUUAGAGCUGUUAAGGAGUAUCCGGAAAUACAGAAAAGAAUUAGGUUGAAUAUUCAAGAUCGGAUUGAAAGAGCGCAUAAGAAAGAUAUAUAUCGACCAAAGAAGAAAAAUAUUUUUAAUCUUUUUGUGACUCAAGAAACAGAAAUUACUGCUAUCAAACAGAUAAAGAAGUUGCUUAAAGCCAAACCAGAUCUAUCAGAAUUUAUAACGUUUAGAUUCCAGUUACAGUCAGCUUUCAAAGAACGAUUUAAUAUGCUUCUAAGAUAUGUUUCCCAAAGUGAUGUCACAAACGCGGUGAAAAAUCGGCUUCUAGCCUGUUACGUACUACAAUGGUAUCAUAGUGGAGGAUUUAGAACCGCUCAAAAGCAUCAAUUAUUACAAAAAGCAGUAUCUUUUAUGAGACAAGAUGUACUAGCAGCAGAGAAGAAAAAAACUUUAAAAAAAGUUCCGCUGUUUAGUUCUACAAACGAUGAUUUUAUCGCUACAUUGGCAUCAGGAUCGAGAAUGGAUACACUUCCACCAGGCGAGUAUGUCGUUUAUGCCGGACUUGUAAAUCGCCAACUAUAUAUUAUUCAUCAAGGUUAUUGUGAGAUUAUUGAAAAUAAUACUGCUAUAAGAACUUUACAUCCUGGAGCCCACUUUUGUGUCGAGUGCUUGUUGUACGGACAUCCAACCACUGAUAUGUUUCCAAAAUACUUAGAGCAUGAACAGCUUUCAUUUGAUAACAUUUUGGCAAAAACUUAUAAAACGUAUAAAAAAGAAUCUCAAGUAUUAUCCAAAGCAAAGAUCGUCAAUAGUAACAUUAUGCGAAUAAAGAAUCUCUUUGCUAAUUCUCUGAUAAAUGUAAAGAAAUAUUGCCGUCGAAGGCAUGAAAAUUAUAAUAAAGGUUUUGAAGGUGAUAACAAUAUAUUUAAGUAUAUUUUAUUGCCUAUUUGCAUCACACCGCAAGGUCUAUUAUUGAAGAUAUGGUGUUUCUUCAGGAUAUUGGCAGCUUUUUGCAUUGCAAUGUUGUUGCCAUUUGAUAUUACAAUUACACCAUAUACGAAUAACUUUGUUAACUUAAUAAUAAUUGUAUCGGAUGCGAUAGCUUAUAUUGAUUUGUACGUAAGCAUGUUUAUUGGAUACUAUGGUAAACAAGGCCAGCUCAUAAUACAUCCCAUGAAAACAGCUAAAAGAUAUGUAUCUACGCUAUUUAUUCUAGACAUCAUAUUAUGUAUUCCAAUAAAUAAAAUAAAUCGUGCUCUUCCUUUAGAUGAUUAUAAGGAAGUCGAAUGGUGGUUGAACAUGAUUCGUCUUAUACGAAUUGGACAAGUUUACAGAAUUCACGGGGCGAUGUCGUACCUAUUAAGUGAUAUAUUAAAAUCUGAUAGAAUUUAUAUCAUUAUUGAAUUUAUCGUAAUUACAUUAGUUGCUAGCAAUAUUUGGUCAUGUAUAUUUGUGAAUACCACUUGUCAACCUUAUUUAAAACGUGCAGAUGAGAUACAUAUGAAAUGUCUGGAAGGCUAUGGAUUUGGUGAUAUUACUCCACAUAAACCUGUUCAUAUAAUGCACUGUAUUCUUAGCAUUCUUGUGGGCCAACUUCUGAUUGCCUUUGCAUGCGCUUACAUCGCCAGUAGCAUUUCCACACAACAUCGGACUUUAGUAACAUUUCAAGAAAAACUGUGCAAUAUAACAAGUUUUAUGAAACGUCAAAAUGUUUCACCUGAUCUACGAAAAUUAAUACAUAAGCACUUCUUACAACGAUACAAAAGAACUGGAGGAAUUGAACCUAUGGAGGUCCUGAAUGAUAUCCAUACCACGCUAAUGGAAGAUGCUGUGCAUAGUAUGUUUGAGGAAACUUUACAAAUUGUACCUUUGUUUUCAUUCGUAGAAAAAUCAUUUUUCCGAAUUAUUGCCUUGCAUUUAGCAAACAGGCAUUAUGUUAAAGGAGAAGAGAUUGUUCGUUGUAACUAUAUUACUCGUAAUAUAUACAUACUACAUCGAGGUAAAGUACAAGUGAAGAAUAGUAAUGAUGAGCCAAUUUGUAUAAUUGGUCCUGGUGCAAUAUUUGGUCGAAUUAAUGCACUUGCUUCCAAGCCCAGUUCUGUUACCAUAGAAGCUUUGCAUAAUUUAGACGUAUUGGUGAUUGAAUAUGACAUAUUUUAUAAUAUUCUUAAAGAUUACCCGAAAAUUAUGCAUAAGAUCCAUAACGAGUUAAAGAAAGAUGUGGAUUAUAUUUUGCCUAAAGUGAUAAUUGACGAUGACGCAACAAGGGUCAGCUUGUGUUCUAAAUUCACCACUAAUACUGAUAUUACUGGGAGUACUCAAGUUACCUUGAAUACUGUUGUAACUAUGGAAAGUAUGCCAAAAUGGAACGUCGUGCUGAAUCCUCGAAAAUGUUUCCGCAUAGCUCUGAUACCAGAUUCUAUAUUAUGUCAGAUUCAUAGUGCAUUGGUAUUAAUAGCAUCAUAUGCUAGCACAAUUCUGAUAACUUAUCAAUUUUUUUUCCACGAUCUGUCUCUAAUAUAUAUACUUCCAAGCAUAUGCAUAGAUCUCGUAUUUAUUUUGAAGAUUUUACUAGAUUUACAAAUGGCCUAUGUCAACAAAUUAGGAGAUUACGUUCUUGAUGUUAAACUUAUCCGUAUGAGGUAUCUUACUGAUUACAAAGAACGUCUUAUUGAUGUGGCAGCUAAUUUGCCUUUGUGUUAUUUUGCGUUGCUAGUACCUGGACCUUUUGGGCUUGAUCUUUUUGUAUAUCUUCGAUUGCAUCAUCUAAUUCGGAUUGUGUACAUUAUACAAUUUUAUAACGUGCAUUCAAGAAUGUUAUCAAGUGCUAGUUUUCUGCUAAAACUUAGUUGGUUACUUGUAUGGUUCACUUUAUUGAUGCACAUUUUUGCUUGUUUUUGGUUUUACAUUCCUUGCAUGGGUUCAAAAUGCAAACGAGGUUUUUGGGGUGAAGAAAGAGGUUUGGCCAAAGAAGAACAUCCAUUUGCAAACUACGUUCAUUCUUUAUAUCAUAUGACCAACAUUAUGACUAUGACUGGUCAUGGAGACAUCAAGCCUAUGAUACCCGUGGAACUGUUAUUGUCUGUAAUGUUUGUGGUGACAACUAAGAUUUUUGUUGGUACUCUUAUUGGUGAAAUAUCAUAUGUUCAGAAUUUGUAUUCUUUGGAGCAAGUUAAUUACACUAGAACUGUCGUGGAAUUGAAGCAUUAUAUGACUAAUAAUAAUUUGAGUGCAGUUAAGCAGAAGAAAUGUGGAACUAUGUACGACGAUUGUGGAUUAAAGACAAGGGCAGAAAUAGUAACCGAAGUUCUUGAAAAAUCAACUCCUGAUGAAGAUUUGGGCAAUGAAUCCAGAACUGAAUCCGAAUGA